AUGGAAGACCCAAAGGAUGGAUACCGACUCUCGUACGUCCGACUUGACGACCCUCCAGAGCCCUCACCACCACCGCGCCAGCGCCCUCUCUCGUCGGCCGAACAGGUUUUCCUGCAGACUCAGACUCAGCCGUUCUGGGGGACUAGCUGGACCCUGGAGAUCCUGGGGUGUAUUAUCUCGCUUAUUUUCCUUGCGGCCAUUAUUGCGGUCCUGUAUCACUACGAUGGCCAGCCCAUGCCCGACUGGCCGUAUGGCAUUACUCUCAACGCCCUGGUUUCGGUCUUCAGCACCGUCAUGAAGGCGACCAUGGCAUUCAUCCUGACCGAGUCUCUUGCCCAGCUGAAAUGGUCGUGGUUCCGCGAUGGGAACAAGCUGAGUGAUCUUGCGCUCCUUGAUGCCGCCAGUCGCGGGUUCAUCGGUGCUUUCGUCGUGCUGUUUCGAUUCCUGCCUCGCCAUCUCAUUACGUUCGGCUGUCUCGUCCUGUGUAUAGCAGCCGCUACAGAUCCGUUCGUCCAGCAAGUCAUCGGCACUCAAAUGCGUUCGGUGCACGCCCCAGGCAACUCAACAGUCCAGGUUUGCAACGCCAGCAUGUACACCGAUUACGGCGAGGGCGCAGGCCCAGGACUCAACAAGGUGCCCCUGGGGACUGCCGGCGCAAUCUAUUCGGGCAUCUACCAGACCCAGAGUCCGAACAGCAACGAGGUCCUCGCAAGCUGUCCAACGGGGAACUGCACGUUUGCGCCGUAUCAGUCUCUUGGGUUCUGCAGUCGAUGCGCCAACAUCACGGACUCUCUCGAGGUUAACAAGACACAGCUUGGAUCGCUGACGAACUACAACUACACCCUACCCAACGGAUUCUAUUUCACCACUGCCAUGAACAUGGUGUAUCUCAUGAACGCCACGACGGGACUAGACUUGAUCAAGCCGCCUGACGCGGAUCUCCCCAUCAUCCUGAACUUUACCGCCAUCAGCUCACCGGGGUACGGGACAACCGGCAUCAGCGCAACGGAAUGCUCGCUCUAUUUCUGCGUCGAGACGUACGAGGCUGCUGUCCGAGAGGGUUCCUUCUCCGAAAACCGCACUUCAGUCUCGGCUGCAUCGAACAUCACAUCAUAUGGCACAGAGGACUUUGCCAUCACGCCGGACGUCUGCUAUGUCAAUGGGACGCGCCGCGAGAAGCCGUAUACGAACGAUACAGAGGAUUGUGUCUACGACGUUAGCUGGCUAAGUCGUCUGGCCAUGGCCAAUUCCCUCUACCCAUUGCUCCAAGGCGAGGGCUCCCUCUUCGUGAGCAACCGGCCAAGCUGGGAUACAGAUACCCUCGAGGCUGUCUACGGCACGCAAGGGAACUUGACCGAUAUUGCUUCAAUGUUCAAAUCGCUCGCGUCCUCAUUGACACUCCACGCGCGGUCGAAGGUGUGUGACGAAACUGCUAUCGGGAGUACCUGGACAGAGCAGACAUUCGUGCAUGUACGCUGGCCAUGGCUGAUUCUGCCGGGCGCGUUAGUUCUCCUUAGUGGUGUCUUCCUGGCUAUUACGAUCCUGCACACGCGCAAUCAGUAUAUCUGGAAGUCGUCGCCGUUGGCGUUGCUCUUCUCGGAUCUUACUGUGGAUGCGCCGUCACCACUCAAGGCGGAUCCGACGCUGAAGGGGAUGGAGGACACCUCGAGGAAGAUGGAGGUCUGGCUGGAGACGUCGGCGGAGGGUGUACGGCUCAAGGCUGUUCCCAGGUAG